CUGCAUGUCACGUGGCGUCAGUAGAUAAUCACAUGAUGACCAGAAUGAGAGAAAAACAGGAAGUAUUUUCACAAGCUUUGUUGAUAAAGGAAAGUUAGCGAAUUUCCUCUUAAUUCUACAUAAACUCAAGAGGCCAAAAUGGCAUCGGCCGUGGAGAGAACAGAUGACCUGGUCAAGGAGUACCUAAUAUACCGGGGGUUUACUAGCACACUUAAAUAUUUCGAUUCUGAAAUAAAAACCGACAGAGAAAAAGGAUUCCGUGUCGACAAGAUCAUCGAACAGCUGCAGCUCUUCAUCCAGAACUACGACCUGACAGGACUGAAGGAUUACUGGGGCUACCUUGAUCGACGUCUCUUUUGUCGUCUAGAAGAUGUCUAUAGGCCCACUGUCAGCAAACUCAGAACCAGCCUCUUCCGAUAUUACCUUGUCUACACUGUUCAGAUGAAGAACCUUGAGAAAACUCAGGAGUUCUUCCAGAAGCAAGCUGUGGAGCUUCAGGGCCAGGCAGAAUGGCGCGAGUGGUUCAUCUUGCCCUUCAUCCCCUCCCCUGAACAGAAUCCAGUCUUCGCACCUUACUUUUCCCGCCAGUGGGCUGACACAUUUCUCGUCUCACUUCACAACUUCCUCAGUGUGCUCUUCCAGUGCAUGCCCCUUCCAGUGCUUCUAAACUUUGAUGCAGAGAUGCAAAGGACAACCAGUUUCCAAGAAGAGUACGAACAACUCCGACAAACUUUAUUUAUACUACAAGGAGAAUCUCGUCAGAAGAAGGAUGAAGAGACGGUUCAUCACAGGCUUCCGCCUUACGUUCAACACAUGGAUCGACUCGGAGACACUGAGCUAGACCUGGUGUCCAGCCAGCGUCCAGUCAACCUUUCCACCCCCCCGCGCAAUUUCUUCUCAACAUUCCUCCCCCAAGGAAAACGGGCACCUGCCAAGGCGCCUCAAGCAGCUGGGUCCUCGCCAACACAGUCCUCCAUGGGGAGAAAGGACACAGUAGCCAAUCAUGUGGUGAAAUCUAAAGACUCCGCUCCAGCACGGGAGCCUAAGAUGGUGCCUGUGACGGGGAUGACGCCCGAGUCCUCAGCAGGCACAUCCAGACAAAAGAGGCAGCAGGAUCACGAGAAACAAAGGAAAGAGCUCUUCUACAAGCCCAUCCAGCAGAAUGUGGAAAGAAAGGGAGAGAGCUCUGACUCAGAGCCCAAUACAGAGGUGAUGAGUAAUCCCACAGAUUCGCCCACAAAUCAGGCGCAAGCGAGCGCUGACAUCGGCGCAUGCAUGGAGCAGCCAUUCAUUAAGCUCAGUCAGGACGAGUACGGCGAGCAUCACUCCUCAAUCAUGCACUGCAGGGUGGACAGCUCGGGGAGAAGAGUGGCGAGUUUGGACGUGGACGGCGUCAUUAAAGUCUGGUCCUUCAAUCCCAUAAUGCAGACCAAAGCCACCAUCAUGUCCAAGUCGCCCCUUCUGUCAUUGGAAUGGGCUACCAAGCCAGACAGACUGUUGCUGUUGGGAAGUGGCGUGGGUACGGUACGCCUGUAUGACACAGACGCUAAGAAGAACCUGUAUGAGAUGGCCAUCGAUGAAGCUCACCCGCGGAUCUUAUCACUUGCCUAUAGCCCGAGUGGCACGUCGUUUGUGUGUUCAGCAGCAGCUCAUGCCGCUCGCACCAGCAGUGGGUCCGAGGCGGUUUCCCAUAACGCACUCCCUGCCUCUGGGAAGCUCCUCCUCUGGGACACCAAGACCAUUAAACAGCAGCUUCAGUUUUCUCUGGAACCUGGACCAGUAGCCAUUAACUGCACAGCCUUCAACCACAACGGAAACCUGCUGGUCACAGGAGCUGCUGAUGGAGUCAUUCGGCUUUUUGACAUGCAGCGGUAUGAGAGUGCCAUGAGUUGGAAGGCCCAUGACGGAGAGGUGUACAGUGUGGAGUUCAGCUACGAUGAAAACACGGUGUUUAGCAUCGGCGAAGAUGGCAAGUUUAUCCAGUGGAACAUCCACCGCAGUGGAGUGAAGCAAUCCGAGUACUCCCUAUCUCAGGACGCCACGGGGCCUUUCGUAAUGUCGGGGUACAGCGGGUACAAGCAGGUGCAGGUGCCCCGCGGCCGGCUCUUCGCCUUCGACUCAGAGGGGCAGCAUGUGCUCACCUGUUCCAGCACUGGAGGUCUCAUUUACAGGUUAAAUAAGGGGGAGACUGGUCUGGAGAGUGUCCUGGCCCUGGGAGGGCACAAGGCCCCUGUGGUGACGGUGGACUGGUGCUCUGCGGUGGACUGUGGCACCUGCCUCACCGCCUCCAUGGAUGGAAAGAUUAAGCUGAGCACACUUCUGGCCCAAAAGUCCUGAUUGGUUGACUUGUGGCUGAUUCCAAUCCCUGACUCUGGUGAUGUAGUGCUGUGCAUCAGCCGCAGUUGAUCACAUUCACUGUUGUCUUAUCACCUAACUCUCUUAGAGCAGUUUUAUCAGCACUGGCUACACUGCUCUCACCAGUGCUAUCAGCAAUGGUUGUAUUUAACACCAGGAGGUAUUAAAUUAGGACUAAAUGGA